CUGAUUUGUAAGUCGGAAAGUCUGAGUAGACUGUGUAACCUGCUUCUACCGGACCGUGGAGCAUUAUCUCUUUCUGAAUCUCUUCCACUCUGUCGCUAACGGAGUAAUAGCUUUUAACUACGCAUAAAAACAAUUAUAAUAAUCAUUGGCUGGUCAUUAAAAAAAAAAAAAGAGCUUUUUUUCUUAGCUUUUUUCAUGCUUCUUACGUUUGUGGUGAUCCGACGAGAAGGAACCAGGAUAGGCUGAGUUUGUACACUUCCUUUGGCAUUUGGGUGUCUUUGAUUCUGGUAAGGAGUCGCAGGAUGGCAGCGAUCCUUUGACGUGAUGCGAGCAAGCUGGAAUUUCGUACGGCUGGCAACCCUGAAAAUUGAUAAUCCCAUAUUAGCUCUUAAAUAAUUAGAGGAAUAUGCCGGAAAUAAAAGUACGGAAAUUUACUUGUUGAAAUAGAAAUGGUCUGAAGGUUGAACCACUUACCACGUCAGAUUUGUAGUCUCCUCCAGUAACGAGUCCGUUACUAGCAAAAUACUUCCAUGCUGCAGAAGGAUAUCCUCCGUUACAACCAUCUCCACAGCUUGAGCAGCAGGCCAGCAGUUCCUCUGAAGAGAGUGGCAACGUGAACUUGCCGUUUGUAGCAAUGCAUAACCUGUCUGUGAACGCUCCAGCAGCAGCAACUGCCUGCAAUUAACAAGGGAUAUAACCUCAGAUUACCCAGCAGUAUCAAAGUCACUUUAUAGAGUUGUUCAACCUUAAGGAGAGAAGACAGAUCAGUUUUGCUCCUGUUACAGAGGAUGUUCCGGGGAUUUAUCUGCUGCCAAUGGUAUAUUCCUUUAAAUCAUUGGUCCAUCGCCCAGCGACUGCCUGAUGUACUGGAUGCACUUUCUCAAUCUAGGAGUACAACAGAUCAGGAUGCAGAACCAGCGGGAUGCGCUGAAAAACUAGUUUUAGACCUGGGCAACGCUUCAACAGACAGAAAGAGACAAUUAUUUUGCAGAAUAGUUCCAUUGCAGGUGCCAAUUCGUUUACAUGGAAAAAAGGGAUGUUGUGCCGGUCAAAAAGUAUUGCUAACACAUCGCGGGACAUUACCCCUAGUAGAGGACUUCAUUACUUUUUAAAAGGCAAAAUCAAUUAUUUUUAUUCUAUUUCUUUGAAUAAUUGUUGUUAUAUAUGUACAUAUCGAGUAAUGGACGUUUUGCCUCGUUA